AAUGCAUUCUCAACAUGUUAAGUUAAGUGAUGAUCCAGAAUUAUCUGCAGUGUGCUCAGCUCUCCUUCUUGCCUUCAUAGAGAACUCUCGUGUUUUGAGAUAUUGUUCAGGAGGAGGUGAUUAUACAAACACUCAAAAUGAUUUUGGAGAUCAUUAAUUAGAAAUGGAUGUUCAAUGUGAAUUAAAUGUUAAUACAGAAUUGAAGAGAACAGGUUUUGUCAGUCAUACAGCAAGUGAAGAAACACCAGAAGUAUAAUAAUAAUUUAUCCAUUUUUAGAUGAAGCUUCUAUCUGAAGGUGGAAAGUUCAUUGUCACAUUUGAUCCAUUAGAUGGAAGUUCAAUUAUAGGAACCAACUUUGCAGUCGGUACAAUUGUUGCCAUAUGGAAAUCUGAUGAAAAUUUAUUGAUUGGAAAAAGAGGAAGAGAUAUGGUAUCAGCUUGCUGUUGUCUCUAUGGUAGUCGUACAAAUGUUGUCUUCUGGAAUGAAAAAGAAUAAAAAGUUUAAGAAUAUACAUUAUUUGGUAUUUAAUAUAUAUUAAUCAUUAGAUGGAGACAAAUAAGGACAUUGGGAAUUAACAAAGGACAACAUCAAGAUAAAACCAAAAGGUAAAUUGUUCAGUCCAGGAAAUACAAGAUGCAUUAUAGAUCAUAUCCCAUAUAGAGAAGUUGUUGAUUAUUGGAUUCACAAUGGCUAUACACUUAGAUAUUCUGGUGGCAUGGCUCCAGACAUUUGCUAAAUCUUUUUAAAAGAAGUAGGAGUCUUCUCAUGUUUUGGAGAUGCCAAAAAUCCAUCUAAACUUAGAUAUCUCUAUGAAUGUGCCCCAUUAUCCUUCUUAAUCGAGAAGGCUGAAGGAAAAUCAUUUAAUGGAAAACAUUCAGUUUUAGACACUGAAAUUACAGGAUAUCAAUAAAAAAGUGAAAUAAUUGUUGGUAGUGCAGAAGAAAUCGAAUUUUUCAAAUCAAUCUGGAAGAAGCAUGGUAUAUUAAAAGAAUGAUGAUGU